UACGGCGUCUGCCAAGGGACAUACAUGAUUUACUACGGCGAUUUAUCAUUUUGUCGUCUUUAAUUCCAAUGAAUGACUUGUGAAUCGCAAGCUGUCUAUGUUAGACUAUGAAACGCCUCGAGUAUUAAAUAAUAAGUAGUUAAACUACAGAGAGGGAAGAGGGGAAAGACAUGCGGAGCUGUGUGAAGAAGUAACGGUAGUUUGUGGCCGGAGGCAGCGUCGCCACUUCGGACUUUUUUUUUUCAGUGACCGACUCAGUCCAUCCGGUGAGUGAAUAUAUAACCGGUAACGGAAUUAAUAACGCAUUAAUUAAACCGGGGAAUGAAGCGGAAUGUCCAUCGCAGCCACCGUAGGACAUUAUGGUGCGCAUUUCGGCAACGUUAGCCGUCUCUUAAUGCUUAUAAGUGGUGUAUAAACGGGGCUCCUGCAGCAGGUUUCUGGAAACUGAAGGCUUCAGGGUUCAAAACAAGGAGAGGAAAGGCCAGCUGGACGUCUGCUUGUGCCUUGAAUUCUCCUGUCAACAGCAGCCAUGGAGGAGGAGGUGGUGAGCAUGGAGUUUCUGCUGGAGCAGGUGAUGCAGAAGGACCUGGGGAAGAGGCUCCAGGUGGGCCAGGAGACCAUUGAGCUCAUCCUGGACGAGGGGAAGUCCCCAGACCUGGAACAGGACCAGGGCAUGCUGGACAGGAUGGUAGACGCAGUGGCCAGCUCCUGGGUCAACUCCAGCAACUUCAAGGUGGUUUUGUUGGGGAUGGACAUUCUGUCCGCUCUGGUCAGCAGACUGCAGGAGAAGUUCAGGACGCAGGUUGGGACAGUUCUCCCGAGUCUCAUAGAUCGACUCGGAGACGCCAAGGACCAAGUUCGAGACCAGGACCAAGCUCUGCUGCUGAAGAUUAUGGACCAGGCCGCAAACCCUCAGUAUGUGUGGGAGCGAAUGAUGGGAGGCUUCAAACACAAAAAUAACCGGACCAGAGAAGGCCUCUGCCUCUGCCUCAUCUCAACUCUAAAUGUGUUUGGAUCUCAGAGUCUGACACUCAGUAAAAUCGUCCCUCACAUCUGUAACCUCCUCGGAGAUCCCACAAGUCAGGUGCGUGAUGGAGCCAUGAACUGCCUCAUAGAGAUCUACCGUCACGUCGGAGAACGAGUGAGAAUGGACCUCGGAAAGAAGGGUCUGCCUCAGUCACGGCUGAACGUCAUCUUCAGUAAAUUUGAUGAAGUUCAAAGAUCAGGGAACAUGGUCCUGUCUCCGUUGUCAGACAAAAACCUUGAGGACGAUGACUCAGCGGACGGUGGCCGCUCCUCAUCCUCGUCCAAAGGAGCCUCGCUGUCCGGGAGGAAGGCAGUGAGCAUGGGUUCAUUCAGACGCCCCCCCUCCGCCUCCAGCACAAAGUCUGCAGGGAGGGAUGGAUCAGCUGCCGGAGCUGUGGAUGAGGAAGAUUUCAUCCAGGCCUUUGAGGAUGUUCCCACAGUGCAGAUCUACUCUAAUAGGGAGGUGGAGGAGGCCAUGACGAAGAUCCGAGACGUGCUGUCUGACGAUAAGAGGGACUGGGAGCUCAGAGUGGCAGCUCUGAAGAAGGUGCGAUCGCUGCUCCUGGCCGGCGCGGCAGAGUUUGACUGCUUUCUUCAGCAGCUGCGGCUCCUGGAGGCGGCGUUCAAACUGUCCGCUAAGGACCUGCGCUCUCAGGUGGUGAGAGAGGCCUGCAUCACCCUUGGUUACCUGUCGUCAGUGCUCGGCAGUCGGUUCGAUCACGCGGCGGAAGCCAUCAUGCCUAUCCUCCUCAAUCUGGUCCCCAACACUGCCAAAGUCAUGGCCACCUCCGGCAUGGCCGCCAUCCGCCUCAUCCUCAAACACACACACUUCCCACGUCUCAUCCCCAUCAUGACCAGCAGCUGUACCUCCAAAUCUGUGGCUGUGAGAAGACGCUGCUACGAGUUCUUGGACCUGAUGCUGCAGGAGUGGCAGACGAGCUCUUUAGAGAGACAUGGAACAGUUUUAAUGGAGACUAUAAAGAAAGGGGUUCAUGAUGCAGACGCCGAGGCUCGCUCUGUGGCCCGGAAGUGUUACUGGAGUUUCCACGGUCACUUCCGUCGGGAGGCGGAGCAGCUGUUCCAGGGCCUGGAGUCGUCCUAUCAGAAAGCUCUGCAGGCUCACAUGAGGAGCGGGGACAGUCUGAUGUCCCUUCCUGCCUCCGACCGCUCCUCCUCGUCCUCUCAGGAGAGCCUCAAUCGACCCCCGCCUGUAAAAAGCAGCUUUGGGAGCGGCUCGACAAGAUCCAAAGCCGCCCACACCAGGCCGCCCGCUGCAGCCUCCUCCCCGGGCUCCCUCCAGCGCUCUCGCAGCGAUGUGGACGUCAACGCAGCAGCCACUGCCACUGCCCGCACCAGGAUGCCCGCGGUGCCCUCGGCCGUGACAUCAUCUCCCUUCAGCUCCGCCUCUGCCCUCCCACCUGGGUCCUACGCUUCACUGGGUCGAGUGCGAACCAGGAGAACGAGUUCAGGGAAAGGUCCGUGUGUGACGGACAGCCGGGGAAGGAGUCGAGGGAAAGUCGUGUCACAGUCUCAGCCGGGCAGUAGGUCUGGAUCUCCUGGCCGCCUGCUGAGCUCCACAUACGGUCGUCUCCCCCGACCAUCCAUGGGCACAGCUUCCACGACCACGGCCAGCAGCUCCUCCACUAGCCUGACCGACAAGAGCCGGCCCCGAGGCCACCGUAGCCAGGGCUGCAGCCGAGAGACCAGCCCCAGCCGAUCAGGAACAGACCGUCUGUCCCAUCAGGCUCGCAUCUCUGCCUCCGUCAACGCCAUGAGGAUCCUGGACACCGGCACUGACGUGGAGGCUGCUGUGGCUGACGCACUGCUCUUAGGAGACUCGAGGAGUAAGCGGAGGCCGGUGAGGCGGCGUUUUGAGUCUCCAGGAAUGUACUCGGACGAUGAUGCCAACAGUGACGCCUCCAGCGCCUGCUCUGAACGCUCGUACAGCUCACGCAACGGCGGCAUGGCGCCACACUACCUGCGUCAGACAGAGGACGUGGCGGAGGUCCUGAACCACUGCGCCAGCGCCAACUGGUCUGAGAGGAAGGAGGGACUGCUGGGGCUGCAGAACCUGCUCAAGAGCCAGAGGAUGCUCAGUCGCGUGGAGCUGAAGAGACUUUGUGAGAUAUUCACCAGGAUGUUUGCAGAUCCUCACAGCAAGGUGUUCAGCAUGUUCCUGGAGACUCUGGUGGACUUCAUCAUACUGCACCGGGAGGACUUGCAGGACUGGCUCUUCGUCCUGCUCACUCAGCUGCUGAAGAAGAUGGGGGCCGACCUGCUGGGCUCCGUCCAGGCCAAAGUUCAGAAGGCUCUGGACGUCACGAGAGAGUCUUUCCCGUACGAGCAGCAGUUCAACAUCCUGAUGCGUUUUAUCGUGGAUCAGACGCAGACGCCCAACCUGAAGGUGAAGGUGGCCAUCCUGCGCUACAUCGAGGCGCUCGCCCGUCUGAUGGACCCGGCUGACUUCGUCAACUCCAGCGAGACGCGCCUCGCUGUCUCACGCAUCAUCACCUGGACCACCGAGCCCAAGAGCUCUGACGUCCGCAAGUCCCUUCAAAAUUGGGCAGGGGAGGAUUUCUCAGGCCGGGCCAGCACCGCGGCCUCUCUGCCUGGGGAGGGCAACCUGGAGGAGAGGUGCAAGCAGGCUGCCCAGGUGGUGCUGAUCGCCCUGUUCGAGCUGAACACGCCGGAGUUCACCAUGCUGCUGGGGGCUCUGCCCAAAACCUUUCAGGACGGGACCACCAAGCUGCUGCACAACCACCUGAGGCACGCUAGCCACAGCAUCGGCAUGGUGUCUCCCAGUAACACGGCCGGUCGGACGCCUCCUCGACAGCCCAACAGCCGCAGCAGCCCGCUCACCUCCCCGACCAACUGCUCCCACGGGGGGCUUUCUCCCAGUCGGCUGUGGGGUUGGAGCGCAGACGGCCUUUCCAAGUUUCCUCCUCCUCCACCCUUCCCCUCCCCUCUUCCUCCUCCCGCUGCCCACUCCGCCCUCAAGGCAGUGCGGCGGGCUUACUCCCCAAGCAUGUUGGAGUACGACAGCGAGAAUCUUAACUCAGAGGAGAUCUACAGCUCGCUCCGCGGCGUCACCGAGGCCAUACAGAACUUCAGCUUCCGCAGCCAAGAAGACCUGGUGGAGCCGCUGAGACGAGACGGGAAGAGGGACGGCAUGUCCGGAGUCGGGGCGUCUCCAGACUCUGACGCUCGGCUCAGCGGUGACGUGAUGGGAGGAGGACGCACCGCUCUGGACAACAAGACGUCGCUGCUGAACACGCCUUCCCCGCGUUCCUUCUCCGGCCCGCGCUUCAGAGACUACAACCCGUACAACUACACGGACGGCAUCAGCACGCUGGACAAAGCAUCGCUGAAGGAGGCGCUGUACGAGGACGCUGUGGAGCAGCUGAGAGACGGAAACCGACAAGAAUGUGUCGAAAAUAAGAUGUUGAACCCCAAAAACUUCCCAGCCGCCCCCGCUGAGCAGCUGGAGCUGGUCGGAGGGCUGCUGAAGGAGCUCUCUCAGGGCCAAGCAGGGGAGCGGGGCCCUGAGGAGCGCCGUGGGACCCUGCUGGAGCUGCUGAAAGUGGCCCGAGAGGACAGCCUGGUGGUGUGGGAGGAGCACUUCAAGACCAUGCUGCUGCUGCUGCUCGAGACGCUGGGAGACAAAGACCACACAAUCCGAGCCCUGUCCCUGCGAGUCCUGAAGGAGAUCCUGAGGAACCAGCCGGCUCGCUUCAAGAACUACGCCGAGCUCACCAUCAUGAAGGCGCUGGAGGCUCAUAAAGACUCGCACAAGGAGGUGGUGCGUGCAGCGGAGGAGGCGGCCUCAACGCUGGCGAGCUCCAUCCACCCUGAGCAGUGCAUCAAGGUCCUCUGUCCCAUCGUACAGACUGCAGACUACCCCAUCAACCUCGCCGCCAUCAAGAUGCAGACGAGGGCCAUCGAACGCAUCACCAAGGAGCCGCUCCAUCAGCUGCUGACUGACAUCAUACCGGGACUCCUGCAGGGCUACGACAACACGGAGAGCAGCGUGAGGAAGGCGAGCGUCUUCUGCUUGGUGGCCAUCUACUCUGUGAUCGGAGAGGAGCUUAAGCCGUACCUGGCUCAGCUCACCGGCAGCAAGAUGAAGCUGCUCAACCUCUACAUCAAGAGGGCCCAGACCUCCACCAGCAACAGCAGCAGCUCCUCUGACAUCUCCUCCUACUAACCUCCGCAGCACACGCUUAGCUUUCCUCUCCUCCUCCGUCACUCGGAAACCUUUUCAUUCCUGCAGCUGAUCACUCAGCAAAAGUCAGAAAUGUUCAACUUCUAGUAAUAAUCUAAUGUGUCGACAUUUGUUUCAAUAUCAUGGCAACAAAAACAGAAGUCCUAAACACCCAAUGCAAGCAAGCUCCUGCACACUGUCCCAAUCGUGCAAAAAAUGUUUUGUAAAAUGUAGAUGGUGUGCAGGAGCUUUGAUACUUCUGAUCACUAUAAAACACACGGUAUCAACGCAUCGAUAUUUAUGACAUCCUCCAAACCAGCUGUUCCCAUUUCAAUCCUUCAGCUUCUCGUCAAGCUGAAGUCGUCUCCAUCGUCUUCUCGUCAUCUUGAAAGCGUUGCUAAAAUGAUUCAUAACAAACCUCUCCUCUUUUUCUCUAAAGUCAUGAGCCUUAAAACUUUUAUCUUCCAUCAAUGUACGAUGGAUCCAGACACCAUUUUUAGAUCUCCUCUUCCUACUCCCUCCUCAUUCCAUCAUCUUUUCCCAGCUGGACCUGAGGAGCUCUUUGCAGCUGAAAAAUAUAUCCGAACAUUACCGUCUCCUUAAACUUUUAAAAGCGUGAGGUGAGUUUGAAAUGUUGGAGAAAGAGGAGAGUUUCACGCCUGUGGCUAUCUGUAUUUUUACUCACUUUUAGAACCUUUAAUCCACUUCCACUUUUAACACUUUAUUAUGCUUUGACACAUCAAACCUUAUUGUAUAUUGAAUGUAAAGAGCUUUGACAGGAUGUGUUUCUCCCUCCUGAAUUACUGCCUCGUUGACACCUGGUGGAUCGAUUUUAAAGGAAUGUUUUCCAGUUUGAACAUGUGCAUUAGAUUCAAAAAUGAGCUGCACUGAGCGGUUUUAGAAAAAACAGCACUUUGGUCUCGAGAAGGCUGAAUUAAAGGGUCCAAUCUGAAGCGUUCUAGGUCAGAAAAUAACGAGUGCAACACAAGAGGACCUGUGCGUCUUUCCCGCACUCAUUAGUAAAACAGUUAAAAGUGUUUAAGCUUUCAGAAAAUGUGAAAUCCAACCUGAUGUUGGUUUACAUCGAACGAUCAUUUGGCUGGCCAAUGAUUAGAAGCUGUGCAGCGAUUAAAGAGAGCCCGACGACCAGCGACAGAUAUCAGUGUUAUUUAAAGAGCAACAAACUUUAAAAAGGACGAUUUGUUCUGUGCAGGACUCAUCAGCUGAAUUCACUUUUUAAAAUCUAUUACAGGCAAUAAAUACACGUUCAAAUGUUAUCACAGAAGCCCGAAGCUGACAUCCAGAUAUUUAUUUAACUCUGUUUUCAUGUUAUAACAUUACAUUACAAUUGUUUUCUCAAUGCACUGAGAAAAUGCUACUUUCAAAAUCAUGCUAGUUUUUUUUUUUAAUUACCAACCCUUCCUUUAAGUCGGAGCAUGAAGCAACAUUUAGAAAAGUUACAGAAGCAAGAAAAAAACCUCCUUUCAUCCCAUAAUGAUCUUAAAUCUGUUUUAGAUUCUUCAAAGUGUUAAAUGAAGCGGAUGUGCUGCACAGACCUAAUGUGUCAUUUAUAUAUCAUAUAUAUAUAUUACAUUUCAAAGACUGAAGUGAAACUAACGUCUGUCGGCUGAGGACGGGAACAAACAAAAACAAACCACUGAAACGUCUGCUGACACUAACUGUAAAGUCAUGACUACUGGGAUUUGUAGUUUUAUUCCCAAAUACUGUAGUUUAUUUAUGUUACACUAAAAAAAAGGUCAAGACUGAGAUCUUAAUAUCUCAAAGUAGUGUCAGUGUUUAAUUUAUGAGCGCUCCGUUGGGUUUAUUAUUCUUCAGUUUACAAACUGUUGACAGCGUGUUCUUGUUUUAAAGAGAUGCUCGAACAGUUGAGCUCGUCCGCUCUCUCUGCCGGUCUUAAAUUGAAUGUAAGUCACUCUGAGGCUUUUAAAAAUGUGAAAACUAAAGGGCAAUACGUGAAUCUGACAGAAAGACUGACAAUCUGAAUGAUUAGAAUUAAAGGAGAUCUAUUCUGCUGAUCCUGAUUUAAAUACAAACAUAUCAUUCUAACUCCACACUGCUCCUAGUGGUAACAUGCAUACUGCAUCCCGCGGACACAGAGCGUUCAUCGGAUAAAUAAGAAGGUUACUCAGCAGGUGUCCCGCAGUGACAUCAUGAAAGGUGAAAGCGAGUUUAAUAGAUCUCCUUUAAAGCCAGCGGCAGCGCUGAUCGAUGAACUCUAAAAGUGCCAGCUCUUAAAAAUGAAAAGUAUGAAGGCGAUUGUUUGAUCUUUGGACUUAAGCAAUAAACUCUCAGAAAUCCAGUUUGGGUUUCCACGUCGAUGCACUGUAAACUUCCAUUGUGUUCCUCCGUUGAGACGCGCUCGCCGGUCAAUGUACAGACGUGUUUUCAUUUUGAAGUAUAUCGAAAUAAAAUGUUACUGCUGCUUAUUCAAAUACUAACUAACGCGCCUAAUUACUCCAGCGUAUGUACUGUAUCACAACAGAAAGGUUCGGGUACAAAUACGAUGAUGAAGAAUGAAACUAAACGACUGAACUCUGAACAUAUUUAGAGUACUCUGAUUGGUCGAACUCCGCCCGUCCGACACACAAGGCGAGUUCAAACAAACGCUACAGAGAGUUUAAGUCACAUUGGAGAGAUUGGCUGUAUCCGAAUUGCCAAGUACCUACUCAAUCUGUCAGUAGGCAGUACCUACUAUCCGUGCUGUAUACUGUUAGUAUCUACUAUUCAGUAUGCAGAUAUUUGUUCCUACUUCUUCUGAUUCAUUCAGUAUGGAAGUGACGUCAUUUACAUUUCCAGAACUGGCCGCAUUCACCCGUUUUUUUUUUUAGCUUUAUUCAAGAAGAGUAAUGAGCAUAUACAGUCAGGUAAACAAAAAACAAUAUCACAAUGUAAAUCAAGUAAAAGAUUAAAUAACUAAAUAACAUACAGUACAUAAAGAAAAGUACAAAUGAAAGACAGUAAGAUACAGAAUAUAAAAUAAACCAAUAAAGACACAUUUAAAUAGUGACAUCAUUAUUUAAAUAGAGGGGGAAAGGUUUUAUAAUAAUGCAGAUAUUUGUUAUAUUUUCUGUUGUUAAUUAAAAGUAGUGAUUUCAGUCGGGACUUUAACUCUAGAUUCAAAAUUGAUUCAAUUAAUCCACGCUCGUUUGUUUUGAUUUGGAGGCGGACGUGAAGUGACGAUUUACGUUUAAUUUCGCACAGCAUUGUGGGUGGUGAAACACAAUUAAUUUCCUGAAAGCACGCAUCCGAUCCAUACUGCAUGAAACCCGGAAGUUAGUAUCCAUACUGAAAUGUUCAGUAUACUGAGGUGGACACAAAAGAUGUAUACUGAAUGACCAGGAGAGUUCAGUAUACUGAAACUCCACACUGAGAAGUACGUACUGCAUACUGAACUGUGACUAUUCGGAAAGGGCCACAGUUUGACAUUUUAGGAAAUGUGCCUCGGGUUAUCUUGCAGAGUUAGAGCAGAAGUUUGAUUCCACUACCUUGCUUAUACACUACAUAUACAGUCGAGCUACUUCUGGUUAGCUUAGCUUAGCAUAAAGACUGGAAACAAAGGGAAACUGCUAGCCUUGUUCUAAACAAAAAUAAGGCAAACAUUCUUUAGUUUAUUUUCAUGAGGCUUUGCAAAGAUCAAGGGAUUAAAAACAUAUCACAACAAAGGUGUUAGCAUUAAAUAAACUGUGAUUAAUUAUUGUUUAUUUCAUGCUAACGUUAGUAAAACACACUGCCACAUGCAUAUAUCAUAAAACGACUUUUUGUGCAAUCUGGGCAGAGCAAUAAACACCCACCUGUGUCAGGGAAGAAACAAAGUACAAGCAUUGUGAAAUGAAUAACAGAACAACGUAUAGUAAUACUCCUCACACCUCUACUGUCCAGAUGUUAUGCUAAGCUAAGCAGCUGCAGCUGACUCUCGCUGAGAACGAUUUCCCAAACUGUUGACUUUUCUCUUUAACGGAUGUUUGAACCGACAAAGUGAAGGAUGCUGUCACUGAAUGAUUCCCAGGCCUUAUUUUAUCCGCAAACUUGGACUGUUAGAUGUGCUGCACCUGUGCCCGUCGUCACUUUUCUCAGCAGCGUGUGAGCGAGAGAGAGAGAAGUUUGAUCUGCUCUUAACUCCGGGCUGAAUGUUUCCUCCACAAGCGAUGAGCACGUCGUGCGGUAGAUCCCGUGUUAGCCUGCUGCAGCUGCGGCGACUCAGAGUCUACUCCCUUUACUUUUUGUACAGUGAAACUUCUCAACUACGUCUGCAUGCGUCCGUCUCAACAAUCGUGUUGCUGAAAUGUACUAAACUCCAAAUUGAAAAUCGUCCUCUUGAGUUCCUGAAUGUGUGCCUUUGGGUGAAGAUUUCUGGCAAUACUAACCUUUACUAACACAACGUACACUGCUUCUAAAGUCGGACUAAACGUCGUAAAGAAGAGAAGAAGAAGGGCUGUAAAUAUGCUGCAGGGAGAUACUUUCCAUUGAAACCACUUCCAGUGCAUGGCUCCUGUUUGUUUUCUAGUUCAUUAGUUUUAUUUCAUGCUAUACGAUAUUUAUGUUUUACUUCCCUGUGUAUGACUGUAUAUAUAUUUACAUGUUUGGUUCUCUUUCACCUGUGAUAGAACUUGAAAUAAACUAUCAGACUUCUA